AGUUCUUUUCUUGUGAUGAUCGAUACGUCAUUUUUAAAAUUAUUUUACAGUUGCUGGUAAAUAUAACAUUAGGAAAUAAUCAUUUUAUCAGCACCAGAUAUAACAAUAUGAAGCGCUCAAUCCUCGCAAUGGAUUUGGUUGUCUUUAUUAUUGCUUUGGCGUUUGCAAAAGUCACAAAGGCCUCAGAGUGCAGUACGGGCAAUUAUCCAAGAACUGCAUGUGAACUGCAUCAAUCCCCCGAUUAUUUUGAAUGUACAAUGUUGAUGGGCUGUUGUUGGACCAACGAUGGGACACCCAGAUGCUACAAAAAAGCACCACAACAAGCACCGCAAAUACCUCAACAACCGCAACCGCAACCACAACCACAACAACAACAACAACAACCACAGGGAAGACCCUAUUUUGUUGAUACCACAGUCCCGCCAUAUCAAACUCCAUACCCCGGAGCUCCAAACCCAUACCAACAACAACAGCAACAACCACAAUAUCAACAACCUCCACCAUACGGUCAAUGUAAUGAAAUUGUGGUACAAGACCCACAGGUCAUUAAAACAUGCAAUGGGAAUUAUUACGGAAGCCAAUGCAAAUUUACAUGUAGAGCAGGGUGGAGAAUGUACAUGGGAACAGGCACCGAGACAAGAACCUGUCAGAGUAAUGGAUAUUGGAGCGGCAAAACACCAAGCUGCAGCAAUCCUCCAAUGAACACUGGAAAUCCACCAUUUCCGUUUCCCCCACAGCAACAACGGGCUCCAAACAACCCUUAUCCUCAACAGUAUUAUCCAAACAAUCCCCAAAACAACAAUAAUGGAUACCCACAAACCAACUAUGGGGCACAACAACCGACUUAUACUCAGUCAAGGCCGUCAUCUGGUAAUGUUGGCAAGUUGUUCGAGACACUCGGAAUAACUAACCCGCCACCUACCUUCAACAACAACAACAAUAACGGAGGACAAACAGGUGGGGGAGCUCUUGGAACCAGUGUUUCAGCACCAUCCGGAGGUAGCAAUGAGAAGAUCGGUGAUUUUCCAAUAUGUAGUGUUGUGGCCAGCUUAGAGGACCCACAGGUGAAAAAAGAUUGGAUGAAGAGGCAUUCAUGCUCUGGAAUGGAGCCAAAAAUUGACAAGGAUGAAGCGAAUCAAUAUGUAAAGAGUCUUUUUGGUGGACUCAUAGACCUAGACAGUACGCCUAAACCACCAACAGGACCUGUUGGAUCAAUGAUACCGAAAUACGGUAACAAUCAAAUUAUUCCGAAGCAUGCACCUUCCUCAAUAGCUGGACAACAGCAAAACCAAAUGAUUUGCAAACUUCUGAAAGGACAAGGCGGAAGUGCUAAAACCAGCUCGUUAUUAGCGGCUCAAUACGGCUGUCCAUUGGCAUCAAGUGGUAAUCCGUUACUUUCGAUUUUACAAGGAAACACUCCAUCUUUGCCGAGUCUUUUGAAAUUGUUCGGUGGAGAAGUUAAGAAAAAGCCUGAAUAUAAAAAAGGAGCUAUUAUUCUCGACGCUGUACCGUAUGGAACCUUAAAACAAUGCUGGGAUAAAGCCGACGAAUAUGAAACAUGCAAAUAUGCAGCAAACAUCAAUGUCAAUAGAGAAACAGAUUGUUUCAAUAUUGGAUGUGUAUACAAACGGGAGAGUGGACAAUGCUUUAGUUGUCCUUUGAUUCCAGCCAGUGCUUACCUUUUACAACAGACAACAGAUACAUGUGAUGUAAUCAGUGCCGACAGAGAAGAAUGUCCUGAUUUUAAAAAUUUUCAAUUGUCUACAAUCAUGUUUGCAUCGCAAAAUCCUAGUCCAAGCAGCAGUAGUAGUAGUUCGUCUCCCGAUAUUUCUUCGUAUCUAGGGGGAAAAGGUCUAAGCCAGUUGACUAAAUUGUUUGAAGGUGGUUCCUCAUCAUCGAACACAAAUUCUGCCCUCAAUUUAUUCGGCGGUGGUGGGUUAAACCCAUCAUUGCUCAGUAUGUUUUCGCGGUCUAGUUCAAAUUCCGCUCCCGCAAAUAAUAAUCCACCGCCCCCACCUCCACAACGUUCAAAUGAACCCGGUGAAAGCUCUGAUUUCGGAAGGAGAGUAGCACAAGAAUCCCCUGGAGUAAGAAGUAUGGAUAUCUCAUCUCUUCUCCCUCUAUUAGCUGGAGGAGGCGGAUCAUCAGGACUUGCUGGACUUCUUGGAGGAGGAGGAGGGGGAGCAGCAGGACUUGCUGGACUUCUUGGAGGAGGAGGAGGGGGAGCAGCAGGACUUGCUGGACUUCUUGGAGGCGGUCUUGGUGGUUCAAUGGGUGGCGCGUUCGGAGGAAUGGAUCCUAAAUUACUUUCAGCUUUGCUUUCAAAGGGUUCGUCCAAGCCAUCUAGCUCUAGUGACCUCAUAGCACUUAUGUACGGAGGAAGUGGUAUCAGCUCAGAAACUAAGAAAGUUUUGGCAGAUGGAUGCAAAAAGAAACAGUGCUGCUGGAAACCUGGUGGAACAUUGGGCGGCACAUGCUACUCUAAAGGAAAUAACUUCGCAAAAAAUUGCAUUCCGGAACACGAUAGUGGAGAUUGUGGAACUAGUCCUUUGAAUACAUUCGCAAGAAUAAUAGGUGGUUUCGACAUUACAUCUAAUACUCAUCGACCUUGGGCAGUUGUUAUCAAAGCAGCUGGAAGCUCAAAACUUCGAUGCGGUGGAACAUUGAUUUGUUCAGAAUGGGUUCUGACAUCAGCUGCCUGUCUCUUAAGAAUCAAAAGCAUUGAACACGAUUCACUUUACGUUCCCAACAUUGAUGCCCAAAGUUUGAAUAUAUGGAUUGGAACAACUGACCCAGUAAAUCCAGCUGACACAGGAACUCAUGUUGAUGUAAUCGAAAUCAUUCCUCAUCCACAAUACACUGGAAAAAUACACAACGAUAUUGCACUGAUCCAAAUAAAGCAGCAGAUAUUCACGGACGAGAAAAAACCAGCAUGUCUACCACUGUUAUCCGAGAGGAGUCCUGCAGUUGGAAAUAUAUUGCGAUUUGCUGGAUAUGGCGACUCAGGUAACGGUUUGGGCUAUUCAACAAUUUUGAAAGAACUCGACAUGACUGUGACGUCAUUCACAUCUUGCGACCAGAAAUUUUCAAACCAACUUCCAGACGCUGGAGUAUUCUGUGCAUCUUCAGCAACCGAUACUGAUACUUGUAUUGGGGAUUCAGGCAGCGGCGCAAUGCGAUACGAUGCGGAGAAUGACAUAUUCAAGCUCGUCGGAGUAAAUAUCGCAGGAUCUAUCACAUGUGACUCAUCAAAGCCUUCAGUAUUCACAAAAGUGGCAGAUUAUAUGCCAUGGAUUGCGCAGACAACAAACGCAUGCUGCGGCUCAUUCGGAGGACGAGUGGCCUAAUUUUUUGAAGGAAAAGAAGUAAAGCAAGAAGAAAAAAAAAAGACGGCCAAUUAAUAAUUAUUAUUGAAAUGAUACUAUUAUUGCUGGUCAUUUAAUACGACCAAAACUUCUACAAUAUCUUCUGUUAGAAAGUUUCAAGCGUUUGUGCGCUCAAAUAUUUUCGGAAAGUUUUAUUUAAUUUUAAUAUUUUGACAAAACUUUUUUUUUUUUUGCAUUUUAUACCUCUUUCGUUCCAUGACAUAUAAAGUAACUGCUACCUUAUUGUGCCAAUGAAAUAGGUUUCGUUAGGUUAAAGUUGGCCAAAAUGGUGAUGAAUAUGCGUAGUGUGCCCGUGAUUAUAUAUAUAUGGCUAUUUAUAUACCAAUAUUAUAUGCAUAAAUGGCGCUUAGUAUAUUAGCAAUGGCCAUCAGCAAUUUUGAUGUUUGCCAACUUGUCUUAAGAGGCGUUCACAGUACCCUAUUUCCGUAUAGUGAUUUCCAGAUGUGUGUUUUUGUUGUAUAUUGUUUAGGGACAUAAGACUAGGAGGGCCGUUGAGAUUUUGUGUUUGUUUGAUUAUUCAGCCUAUGUGCGAAAGCAAAAUUAUGUUUGUUACAAAUUCAUGCAUUGUAAUAUUUUUUGAUGAUGUGUGUGCUGUAUUUUGUAUAUUUUCACCAAAUAAAUGAGGAUAUAUUAAA